CCCUGCCCUGACCCCCCUGUCCCGCUGCAGGCGGAGGUGGAGCAGAAGAAGAAGCGAACCUUCCGUAAAUUCACCUACCGCGGGGUGGACCUGGACCAGCUGCUCGACAUGUCCUACGAGCAGCUGAUGCAGCUGUACAGCGCGCGGCAGCGGCGGCGCCUGAACCGGGGCCUGCGCCGCAAGCAGCACUCGCUGCUCAAGCGCCUGCGCAAGGCCAAGAAGGAGGCGCCGCCCAUGGAGAAACCCGAGGUGGUGAAGACCCACCUGAGGGACAUGAUCAUCCUGCCAGAGAUGGUGGGCAGCAUGGUGGGCGUCUACAACGGCAAGACCUUCAACCAGGUGGAGAUCAAGCCCGAGAUGAUCGGCCACUACCUGGGCGAGUUCUCCAUCACGUACAAGCCGGUGAAGCACGGCCGGCCCGGCAUCGGCGCCACCCACUCCUCCCGCUUCAUCCCGCUCAAGUAACUCCGGGACAGAGGGCAGGGGAGGGAGCCUCGUCCAGUGUAAAUAAAGAAAUUCCACCUGG